AUGACCUCCGUUAUAGAAGACGAUAAUAUUAAUAACCUGGAUGCCACAUUUUCAAGUUUGAAAAUACAGCCUCAUAUAAAAUGGCCCAGCCAAGAAGAUUUAAUAAGUGUUAAAGAUCUACUCAGUGAAAGUUGUAAUAAAUUAAAUGCAGAAGAUAUUGUAAAGGAACCUACGUUUGAUUUGUUUGAAGGGACUCAUUCCUUGGAGAUUAAUAACGUUAAAUUAGAUUCAUAUUUGAUCGAUUUGUCAGAGGAGGAGGUUUAUUUUGAUUGCAGAAUUGCCUAUGAUAGAAACUCAGAUUCACAAAGAGUUCAGGAGGAUUAUCAAUAUACAACGGCUAUUAUCGACAGACUGGUUAGGUCAAUUAUCACAUGGGUGACAGAUUACCAAUCUUUACCUACCACCGUUUUAAGUUGUCAAUACGUAGAAUACCUCUUGACACAAUUAGAAAAACCAGAUAAUAUUGUUACAAAUUAUAAAUAUUUGAAUACACAAAAUCCUUAUUUUGAUGAUGUUUUGAACUCAAGUAUUAUGGGUAUAUGUUUUUUUGGUGCGUUUGUUAAGAAACUGCUGAAAGGUGGCGGCGUAUUUGAAGAAGAGGACUUAAACUUCAACUCCAUGGGAUUGUCUGGUUUUGAUUUAAUGCCACCUGCCAGUAGUAUACGGUCUCUCCUAGCUGAAAGUAUAACAUUCAUUGAAAAUGAUAAAAAUAUUCCAACUGCCGACGCCAAGAGAUUAUUAUAUUUGAUAGAGUUGAUAGAUUGCUUGGUGAUAUUAGAUAGUCACGUUACUGAAUAUUCAUCCAAGACUGAACAUUUGGAUAAGAUUAUACAGAUUGCUAAUGAUUUGAACAGCCUACCUCUCUGUUCACAUUUCCCUCCACCUGGAUGCUUUUCUAUGCGUAUACAAAAACAAUUAUCUAACCAAUUCCCACCUAAGGAUUUGGUGACUCCUGAUAAGAACUACUUGAAUUAUAUUGCCAUUGCACAAGAUAUCAAAAAAGUUAUGAUGGUCUAUAAUGUUACAGAACCUUACCAAUUGAUGCAAUUUGCUAAGUUUUUUAAUAAAAAUCACCAAAGACAUGUUUUAGCAAGAGCAUUAUUUCCAUUAAUUGUGAUAAAAGAGGAUUCAUCUUUACUUGGGAAAUGGACCUUCCAUGAAGCGUUUCAAAAACAUUUGCAAAUCCUUUCAUUGACAGCAACAAACGCCAACGAGGCUUUAGAAUCAGAGCCAUUUAGAUCGCUACUAGAUCCUGUAGCUCAAGAGGCUUUAAAUGUCUUAUUUGAAUGGUAUCAAAACAAUGCACAAAAUACAGCAAGAUACAGACAAGGAUAUAACAGACAACUGUUAUUAUGGGAUUCUGUUCAAGCUCAAUUUGAAGGUGUAGAACUGCAGUUUGAAGGUAGCGAAGAUGAUGCCGUUAUUGGACCACCGGGUUACGGAAAUAUUCCCUUAAUGCCAUUCUCAUCGUGGGCCUUCAUAAUGAAGACGAGUUCUAUGAUUGAAUUUGUAUUAAAGGGGUUUGAUUUAGAAAUAUAUAAACCAUUUGAAUCGUUUGAGAUGUUCUGGUUUACUUUCUAUUUAGCUGAACAAUUAGAAUCGUGCUAUCAAAAAAUUAAUACCUUUUUGGAUACCAGGCUCAACAGUAUUUAUGCAAUCAAUAAAAGAAUGAAGAAACAGAAGGCUGGCGAAAAGAAAGAAAAAUUACGAAAACAGUAUCAGACGGAAAUGGCUCGAACUUAUCCAAUGAUCCAUUCAAGUAAAUCAUUCUUGAAAUAUCUUUCAACACAUAAUCAAAUUAUCAAAUCCGUAUGUAUAUUCCAAUCUUUCCAAUUUGGGAUAUUAAAAUCGUAUGGUGCCAUAGAUAACAAAAUGCCAGGAAAUAGUAAAUUUAUUAACCACAAAUUAAUUCACGAUUUAAGAUUUAAACCAUUUUCUUCCAUUGGUGUUCCGGAAUUACCAACAUAUGAUGUAUUCCAGGAAGUUCUACAAGGCUUCAUCAUUAGUGAUCCCAUGUUCCAGGUAAAGCAGGAAAAGGUGGUGACACACAUGAAAGAACAAUUGGCUGUCGCACUUCAAAAUAUUAAGAAUAUUUUGAUAAGCAUUGAAGUAGGAGAUUUGAACAGUGAACUGAUUACAGGAACAAGGGCCAUUAAAGAAGAUGCAGUUUGUUAUUAUACGAAAUUACAGAAAACUAUUGAGGCUCUAUCAGAUAACUCUAUAUCAUUAUUACAGAAGAUACAAAAGAAGUCAUUUCAAACAGAUAUUAAUCAGUAUGAAAUUGUAUUAAGUAAAAAGGAUGAACUUUCAGGUUAUUUCCCGCUAAUGGAUUUAUCUAAAAAGAGGCAAUCAAGACGUUAA